AAUUAUUGUUUCCUAACCUCAAAAUUCCUCGUGGACGCGCCGCGCGGGGACGAGAGAAAGAAAAAGCGAUAGUCCCAUUACGUUUUUUGACAGCUAAAAAUACAGUAGUUUUUCCAUGACGGUAUAAAACUUUAGUGACCGAGUAUCGGUAUCUAUUUUCGAUUUGCCAACCAAGUUGCAUCUUAAUUUACAAUUUUAUUAAUGUUUCUCCACGUUCGUUUCGUGUUUCGUUGUGCGAGGGAAUCGGAAAAGUAAAAAUCGCGGACAAAACUAGCAGACGCUUAUUUUGUCACAGGUUUUCUUUGAAAAAAUUAUUUUCUCCUUUUUUUCUCAUCAAUAGUUAUUUAUAAAGUGAAAAAAAGAAAACUUUUGCCUAAAAACUGUUUUUUGUUUCCAGUGAUUUUUAACUUCCGAGUCGUGCGUUUAUACGAAAGUCGAAAAUGCGAAAAAUUGAAUUUUGAGGUUAUAUUUCGUGUCUGUUUUUUUCUCGCAUUUUAAUAUAUAAAUGAAAAAGUGAUAUGAUGAAUUUGAAAAAAAGUGUCAAAUUUUGAAAAGUGACUGAGAACAAUUAUAUGUGGAUUCUUGUCAUGGCUCAACAUUUUGUGACUGUCUGCGUCGUUUGCGUAUUGUGCGCAACACACAAUCCAUGCUCGGCACACAGCGAUUUUUCACCGCAACAAUCGUCAAAUUCCUAUGAGGACGAAACGAAAAAUUAUCAUUUUACAAAUAUCGACAAAUCAAUAAAUCCCUUGCGAGAUGACGAUUUAAUAAAAAAUAAUAUUAAUAAUAAUAACAAUAAUAACGACGAGAACGAUGACGACGAUAAUGAUGGCGAUUUUUAUUAUUUAGAAAAUGUCGCCACCGAUAAUGUAAAUAAUAACAAUAAAAAUAAUAAAAAUAGAGAAAAGAGAAUUGAAAGAAGAAGUCUUCGAAAAAAAUCCUCAUCAACACAAUUGAGGAAGCAACAACAACAACAACAGCAACAACAAUUAUUGUCAAUAAAACAAGAGGAAUCGUUGAGAAUUCGACGACAUGUGGAAAUUGACGGGAAAUUAUUUACGAAAAAAGUAUUUGAAACUUAUGGUAAUGGAGAGAAUAUGACAAUGAAGGGAUUUCAGGAAUUGUUGAAGAAAUUAGGAUUAGUUAAACUUAUUGUGGAAUUGGAUGAGACACGAGAUGAAUUGAAUUCUGAGGGAAGUGUUACGGAUUUGAAAAGAAUAAGCGAAACAGUUUCCGAUUCAGAGGAAAGGUGUGUGAGCAGUAAAGAAUUAUUGAGUUCCUUAUCGCAGGAUGUACCUUAUAAUUCUGCGACAAAUAACAAUACAGUAUUACCUGGCUGGUUGUUCGAGAGAGUUUGUCCCGUUUUACUCUAUCAUUUGGCUGGGGAAACGAAUUUAGAGCGAAACGGUUGCAUUAAAGUGCCGGAAAUUUAUAAACCCUCAGCCGUCGAAAGCUAUGAAUCUGAGGAAAUGGCGAGAAAUAUGUUUCAAGUUUGGAUGUAUUCGGCGAUAAGUAUUUUAAUAAUAAGCCUCUGCGGUCUUCUUGGAGUCGCUGUGAUUCCCGUAAUGGGAAAAAGUUAUUAUAAUCAACUCUUACAAUUUUUGGUGGCGCUUGCAGUUGGAACAUUGUGCGGCGAUGCUCUUAUUCAUUUACUACCUCACGCAAUGAUGUCCGAAGCCGCUCACAGUCACGGUCACGGUCACGAGGAAUUGAUCAUUGAUCACGAAGCCGAUCACAACGCAAAUAUGUGGAAAGGACUUGUUGCAAUGUUAGGCUUAGUUUUAUUUUUCUUCACUGAAAAAUCCCUCACAAUGCUGGCCGAGUGGAGGAAAUAUCGUCAAAGGCGCAAUAAACUCCCACCGAGAGUUCGAGUAAUGAGAGAAUCAGAGGGUACAAAUAGUAAUACAGUUGGAGAAAAACUCUGCAAACAUAAAUACUCAUCGUAUCCUUAUUGUUACGGAGAAAUCACGACUGAAACUCAAGAUAAUCAUCAUCAUCGACACAACAAUCAUCAUGAGCGUCCGGCGUCGAUUGAGGAGGAGAAACCAUUGACGUCAAAUUGCAAUUCAGUGCCGACGAUUGUAAAGAAUGAUCUCGAAAAAAUUGGAAACGACGAUUGGAAAUUGAAUGAGAGAAUGAAAAAAAUUGACGGAACAAAUGAAGUAUUAACUGAGGCAGAAAGUUACACUGUCAUUAUUCGUGAACACGAGAAUAAGCAUCAUGGACAUACACAUUCUCACGGACACGUGCAUUCGGCGCCGGAAUCAAUGUCGAGUGUCGCUUGGAUGGUGGUGAUGGGCGAUGGACUUCACAAUUUUACCGAUGGAAUGGCAAUCGGCGCGGCUUUCUCCGCGAGUAUUGCCGGCGGAUUUUCCACGGCGAUUGCCGUUUUUUGCCAUGAAUUGCCACACGAAUUAGGCGACUUUGCGGUUCUAUUGAAAGCGGGAAUGAGCGCAAAGCAAGCGGUAUUCUACAAUUUAUUGUCAUCUGUAUUAUGUCUCUUUGGAAUGGUCUUUGGCGUUUUAUUGGGCGCAACGCCGGCAGCGAGCAGUUGGGUUUUCGCCGCAGCCGCCGGAAUGUUUAUUUAUAUCGCCCUAGUCGAUAUGAUUCCGGAAUUGUCGUCGAGUCACUCGGAGGAGGGCGGCUCACAUUGGCACUGCAUUCUACAGGCCCUGGGACUUUUAACUGGACUUGGAAUAAUGCUCGUCAUUGCACUAUACGAGCACGACCUCAAAACAAUUUUUAACGAAGAAUCAUAAAUUCUUUUUUUCUUCUCUCUCUUCUUUUUUUUUCUUUUUUCUCUCUCUCAAAAAAAAGAAAAAGAAUUUUCAUUUUGCACACAUUUUUUCAGUGAGUAGAAACAAAAAACAAGCACAUUCACACACACACACACAAUUUUACAACUGAAAACGAAUCAAUUUCAAUAUUUAGAAUUUAGAAAACGAUUUUUCAGAAUUUUCUACAAUUGGACUUCGAAAAAGGGAGAAAAUCACUUUUUUCAUUUUUUUUCUCUUGGGAACGAAAAAAAUCACUUCUUCAAUUUUUUUUUCUC